GCGUAAGGGAGAGAAUAUUCCAAUUCUUUGGUGAAAGGUACAAAUUUUGACCUUUCAUGGCUGUAAGAAUAACUCAAAAACUCCUUCCAAGAUUCAAGAAAUCAUUGAACACUUCAGCUACUCCUAUCUCUUUGGAGCCUUCACUUAACUUAUCCAUCGACAAAUCGAAGCUCACCGAAGAAUUCUUGAAAAAAUUCAAGACAUCAUUCAAUAUCAACAGCAUUUCAGCUAGAAGUGCUUUUAUCAUUGACAAGACCUCGCCAACUUUAAGCACAAACCAAGGCAUUGGCAACUAUAAAGCUGAUACGUCCGACGAAAAAACAUUGGAUUUUGAUGACGGAAAGAGAUUGUUCAAGUCGGUAACGACGGGGAAGUUAAUACGGUCCAUUUUGAAUCAACAAAUGGCUUCUUAUGAUCCAAUUGUAAAUAUUGGAACUCGGGUCAUGAGAUCAAAACUGUUUCAUAUUAGUCUCAUUAGGUACAUAAUAUUGUUUGUGGUUAAACAUACAUUUUAUGAUCAUUUUUGUGCUGGUGAAAAUUUGGAUGAAGCAAGAACAACUCUUCAAAAGCUUUGGAAUGGAGGCUUGAAAGGAAUUAUGGAUUACGGAUUAGAAGAUGCCACCGAUAACACUUCGUGCGACCGCAAUUUCAACGAGUUUCUUAAGAUUGUUGAUGCUACUCUUCCUCCAUCCUCCGUGAGUUAUGCUUGUGUAAAAAUCACCGCAAUUUGUCCAAAUUCACUGCUAAAAAAAGUAAGCGAUUUAUUGAGAUGGGAACAUAAAGAUCCUUCAUUUCAUCUUCCAUGGAAAUUGGAUACCCUGCCAAUGCUUGCCGACUCAAGCCCUUUCUAUCAUACAUUAAAGAAACCAAGUCAUUUAACAGCAACUGAAGAACAUGAUCUUGAUCGAGCUCACCAGAGACUACUCAAACUAUCUGAAAAAUGCCUUGAAAUGAAUCUUCCGUUACUCGUUGACGCCGAGUACUCAUCAGUACAACCAGCUAUUGACUACUUAACAUAUUCGACAAUGAUAAGAAUCAACAGAGAUGGAAAUAGAAUUGUGCACGGAACAAUUCAAGCGUACUUCAAAGAUGCAAAGGAAAGGCUAAUUCAAGCCACGGAAACAGCUGAAAAAAUGGGUGUUAUACUAGGCCUUAAGCUUGUAAGAGGAGCUUAUUUAUCACAUGAAUCCACAUUAGCUUCAUCUUUAGGAUUUUCUUCACCAAUUCAUGAAAGCAUCCAAGACACUCAUGCUUGUUACGACGAAUGUGCUUCAAUCAUGCUUGAGAAAGUUUCUAAGGGCACUGGAGCAGUUGUUCUUGCAACACAUAACAUUGAAUCAGGGAAAGCGGCAGCAUGGAAAGCUGAGGAAAUAGGGUUAGGAAAGAGUGACGAGAAAGUACAAUUUGCACAAUUGAAAGGAAUGGCAGAUGGGUUAUCGUUUGCAUUAAACAAUGCAGGCUUUCUAGUGAGCAAAUAUCUUCCUUAUGGACCAGUGGAGAUGGUAAUACCUUACCUUCUUAGGAGAGCCGAAGAGAACAAAGGCCUCUUAGCUACCUCAACCGUGGACAGACAAUUGAUGUGGGACGAAAUAAAAAGGCGAAUAAAAGGGAAAAUUAUGAAACGCGUUUAAAUUGUCAAUAACAAGAACAUCCUUUCGGUCCAGCAACUAUGUGCCAGGAAGAUUCAAGUGUAAUUUUUAAGCAGUUUGUUAUGUUAAUAGAAAACACUAACCAGUAGGUUCUGUUUUCUUAUGUAGGGCUUUUGCUUUUAGGAAAUAAAACGGCCGGGUAGCUGCUGCUUCAUGUAUCUAGUCCAUGCCGGCCGCCCAAUCUAAUUUCUUGCAAGAUAUGCAUUAUGAACAAAACUUGUUUGUAAAUAUGUGCUAUUUUUCUACUCAAUAAUGGGUUUGCUACUAAGUGGCAUUUGUAAAUCAAAAUCCUCUUUCAAAA